AGACAUUAAUCCAGUUGAAAAGGAAGCCAUUUCAGAUGAAGAAGAGGGGAAACCAAGUCAUUUAAAACCUGCUAAGAGGUAAGAGCCAAAGCCAACAUUGCCAAGGCAAGCUAAAACCCACAAACCCUCCAAACCUACUUCAAACAAGAAAAGAAAGGAAUUCAUAGCAGCAUAUAUACCUAAAACUCUCUAUCUUCCGUCUUUCCUGCUCUGCUUAAAAUUCUUCGACCUCUCUCUCUCUCUCUCUGUGAUCAUCAAUGGCAAAUCUUAAUAGUAGAAUUGCCAUGAUCCAUAUGUUUCUUAUGUUUUCUCUCUACUUUUCAGACUUUGGGUUUUUGGAAGGAGUAACAUCACUUGGGAUCAACUAUGGUCAAGUCGCCAAUAAUUUGCCACCACCCGACAAGGUCCUCGAUCUGCUAAGCGCUCUUAAACUCACAAAAACAAGAAUUUACGACACUAAUCCUCAAAUUUUGACUGCAUUCGCCAACUCCAGCGUAGAACUUGUUGUCACGGUUGAAAACGCAAUGUUAGUUCAGCUAAUGGAUCCACAACAAGCCCUUCAAUGGGUAACCACCCGUAUCAAGCCGUACUUUCCUGCCACCAGAAUCACUGGGAUAGCAGUAGGAAAUGAGAUCUUCACUGGCGGUGAUGAUACCCUAAUGACGUAUCUUGUUCCAGCCAUGGUCAACAUUCAUGGUGCUCUAGUCCAGUUAGGCCUAGACUCGCACAUUCAAGUCUCCACGCCUAAUUCUCUAGCGGUUCUUGAACAGUCCUUUCCGCCUUCAGCCGGGAGUUUCAAAAGCGAGGUCUAUAGUACCAUGUCACAAGUAUUACAGUUCUUGUCAAACACCAAAGCACCCUUUUGGAUCAAUUGCUAUCCAUAUUUUGCUUAUAAUGGUGAUCCGAAUAACAUUUCUUUGGACUAUGUGCUUUUUAAUCCUAACUCAGGAAUGGUUGACCCUACGACCAACCUACACUAUGACAAUAUGCUGUAUGCUCAAGUAGAUGCAGUUCUUUUUGCUAUGGCUAGGAUGGGCUAUGGUGGAAUAGAGGUUCGGGUUUCAGAGACCGGUUGGCCUUCAAAAGGGGACCCCGGUGAAGUUGGUGCAACCAUAGAGAAUGCCGCGGCUUACAAUAGGAAUUUGUUCAGAAGGCAAUUGGAAAAUGAAGGGACACCUUUGAGGCCUAAGAUGAGGCUUGAAGUUUAUUUAUUUGCUUUGUUCAAUGAGAAUUUGAAGCCUGGACCGACUUCGGAAAGGAAUUAUGGUCUCUAUCAUCCUGAUGGAACCAUGUCUUACAAUGUAGGGCUCUCUACCCGAUCAAGUACUUCAUCAACUUCAACGGCUUCCGUUUAUCUUACUUCCUCUGCCAUGAAGGCAGCAAACAUGGAAUGUCAAAGCUUGGUGUACUGGAUGUUUGUGUAUUUGCUGAUCUUCCAAGUUUUAAUGAGAAAACCAUAUUAAGCAAAUUGGGAGUUCAUUUAAAUAUCUCUUUUUGGUAAGAAAACAACGUUAAAGACUUUCAAGCAAACGACCUUAAAGACCCUCCUUUAAGGUUUUGUACAAAUUAACUGCCAAGAAGCUUCCCAACCUUGUUAUGUACGUAUUUCAAACAAGCUAGCCUUUCAUCAAACAAACAAUUAGGACUUCAAUGGGGCCAAGGCAUGCAUCGUCACGCCGUCACGAUCACCGUAAAGCAAUCAUUCCUUUGUUGUUAGCGGUAUAGCCUAAUCUAGAUUUAUUGUUCAACGUACGUAGUUGUUUUUUCUUUUCUUUUCUUUCUUUUUUUAUGUAUCUGGGUUUAUCCAAAAGAGAACCGUUUGAUGUAAGAGAAAAUAGUUUAGAGAGAAUAACUUCAUCGACUGUAUAAUUCGUUGGAAGGAAAGCUCUCUACUUUGGGACGUGGAAUCCAUAUGUAACUGUUAUCAUGCAUGUACAUUAAUUAAUACAUAUAUAUAUAUAUAUGAAGAUUUCUUGGGUUUGCUUCUUAA